GGAAUCAGUCACUUUCAAACCUAUUUGUAUGGACGGAAGUUUACACUGGUUACCGAUCAUGAACCAUUAUUAGCCCUGAAGAAAUCCAAGGAUUACUCAGGAAUGAUCGGAAGGUGGGCAAUGAUGCUACAGAGCAUGGACUUUGAUAUCCGUAAUCGGAAGCACGAGAAGCACGAAAAUGCUGACAGGUUGACACGACUGCACCGACCCGGGAAGGUCCUCAAGAGCAAGGAGGUGAUUCCGUGGAACGAGSCGAAGGAGGAGAGCGGACCGCGAUAUGGACAAGCGGAAAUUCUGUCGAAGGAGUUAGUGACGUGGACGCGGACCAGCGAGCAUCCUGCGUGCAUCGAGUACCUGGAGCUGUUGAUCAUCCAGGUCUGGAGACCUCACGUGGAAGGCGAUCUCCUCGGUUUCCUCUUCGGAUCGGUGCGGCCAGGCAAUCGCCAGCCAAUUACUCAAGAACUCAUCAUCCUGCUCGCGCAACUGGCUGACGAUCUCUCCCUCAACAUCGUUUCGCAAAGCGACGAAAGCCCCACUCCGCAUGUCAUCACGCGGGAUCUUCAGUGGACUGCAUGCUUGGAAGAACCCGGGAGUGACAGCACUCUGCCAUCGCAGCAGGAAUACUUGAAGUCGUACGGGAUCAUCGAUCACGCCUUCUAUUCGAAGGAAGAACUUGAGGAGGCGCUUGAAGGGGAAGAAGAAGCCACUAAAGAAGAGGGUGACGCCGAAGAAGAAACGUCGGAGGAGGGAAGUUAUAACGAGUACAGUGAAGGGGAGCUGAGCGAAGAAGAGGAGGAAGCCGGAUCGGAGUGGAAGGACUUGCCGGAAGAAGCGGCGCGCACAGGUACGGAGGCGGAAGAUCUCAAGGCGGCACGUAGAAGAGAAGAGAUCGCCGCCGGGAAAAGCCAGUUGGAGUUCGCCAGCGGGGCGAGCCUGCGCAUCAACGACGACCCAACUAGGGAUCCAGAGACCCCCGAGCCCGAAGAUGGCGGAUCAGCAACCGAGUCUCCAAGCGCAUCGCGACGGAGACGGAGCCGAUCCCGCUCCCCCUCCGCCCAGCCCGUCCCCCAGUUCCGACAAUUUGUCCACGUACCGAUGCGGGGAAUCGGCAUUCGUCCCCGGUCAUUAUCCCGUCGUCGCCUUGAUUACCUCACCCUCUGCCAGAUCUCUACCCCUAUCACCUUCCCUCGCAACCUCUUUCCUCCCCAUACCUUCCAUCACUUUUACUCCACCCGUCUCGCCGUCACCGUUCAUCCCCACCCUUCCCUUCAAUCCGCAAACCCCACGUUUUGUCUACACGUCCUCUUGUUCAAUGCCGCGUGGGAACAGAGUAACGCAGUAGAAGUCUACUGCGUAAUCACAGGAACCAUCCCCGCAUAUCGCCAUCACGAGUUGUUCCGUGCGGCACUCUUCCGCACUUUCUCCACCCUUUACCCUAACUACCUCGCCUCCCUCCCUCACAACGGUGAUCGGUUUCCCCGUUUUCACUGGAUCAUCCGCUACGAAGAGUUCCCGAUCACGGAGGAAGAGAUGAACCGUUACUUGCCCCCACUUCCCCCCAACCCUCCCCGUCGACAUCCCCCCAUGUAUAAUGUCUACUUUCCCGUUUCCACACGACGUUGAUACCCGCCACGUGUCCUCCGAGCAAUACAAAUCAGCAGUUUUGCG